CAAAAAUCAAAAACACCAGUCUUUUUUAUGAUUUUCAAAUAAUAGAAAUCACAACUCACAAGCCAUGAUCUCAUUCUUAUAAUUUACAAAAUUUCAAAAACAAAUGUAUAAAUCAAAGGAAUCUUUUAUUACAUUAAUAAAGUCAAUGCUGAGCUAUCUUUAUCAACUCACACAACUCAAAUUGUUCUUUAUUUUCUUCUUUUCACCUUCAUAAAAUCAUGCAAAAUUAUACUAUACACUUAAACUCCAAUGAUCUCUAAUUUGUGAUGAUAAGUAGAGUCGAUUGACAAAGCAAGUAAGAAAUCCCCAUUAAUGGCAGAAGUUGUUGUUGAAGAGCUGAAUUUAGAGUACACUCCAACAUGGGUUGUUGCUCUUGUUUGUUUUUUCAUCAUCUCUAUUUCUCUUCUUGUUGAACGUUGUCUUCACUAUGUUGGAAAGUAUUUGAAGAAGAAUGACCAGAAGCCACUUUUUGAGGCAUUACAGACAAUUAAAGAUGAAUUGAUGCUGUUGGGAUUUAUAUCCCUAUUGUUCACAGUAUUUCAAGGAGGAAUCUCAAAAAUGUGUAUUCCUAAGACUUAUAUCAGGCAUAUGCUUCCAUGUAAUCUCGACGAGAAAGAAAAAUCAGCUGGUUUAUCAACAACUGAGCAUGUUGGUGGGUUCCGGCGGCUUCUUUCUGAGGCCGCAGAGUCUCAGGCUGCUUACUGUGCCAAUGAGCGUAAAGUUCCGUUAUUAUCACUUGAAGGGCUUCAUCAUCUGCAUAUAUUUAUAUUUGUUCUAGCAGUUGUUCAUUGCACUCUCUCUGUCUUGACCCUUGUUUUUGGAAUGGCAAGAAUACAUGCAUGGAAGCACUGGGAAGAUGAUGUUUCUGAGGAAAACUAUGAUACAGAUCGGGCUUUAAGGCCUGAAGCCUCCCAUGUUCAUGAGCAUGCCUUCAUUCGUAAUCAUUCGGCAGGUGUUGGCAAAAGAUCCAAUAUCUCGAUUUGGAUGCGUUGCUUCAUCAAGCAAUUCUAUGGAGCAAUAACCAAAGCAGAUUACCUGACAUUACGCAAGGGUUUCAUCAUGACACAUUGCAGGGGAAACCCCAAGUUUAAUUUUCACAAAUACAUGAUUCGUGCUCUGGAAGAUGAUUUUAAGCAAGUUGUUGGUAUAAGCUGGUAUCUUUGGGUACUUUUCAUCCUCAUGUUGCUGAAUAUUGAUGGAUGGCAUACAUUCUUCUGGAUGAUAAUUAUUCCUUUUGCUCUUCUCUUUGCCGUGGGAACAAAACUAGAGCUUGUAUUAACUCAGCUUGCUUCUGAAGUUGCUGAAAGACAUGAAUCCGUAGAAGGGGACCUACUUAUUAAGCCUACAAACGAGCAUUUCUGGUUCAAUCGGCCUCAGUUCACUCUGUUUUUGAUCCACUUCAUCCUAUUCCUAAAUGCAUUUGAGAUUUCUUAUUUCUUUUGGAUAUGGGUGCAAUAUGGUUUCAGCUCCUGUAUAAUGGGACAAGUUCGCUAUACUAUACCUAGACUUGCCAUAGGUGUUAUCAUCCAAGUCCUUUGUAGUUACAGCACUCUACCUCUUUAUGCCAUUGUUACGCAGAUGGGAAGUAAUUUUAAAAAGGCGAUAUUCAACGAACAUGUACAUGCCGGGAUCCUAGGAUGGCGCAAGAAGGCAAAGAGGAGGAAAAAGUUUAGAGAAGCAGUUGAUGGAUCUACUUCUACAACUGUUGGGACAUCGACUGAGAAUUCGACGACUUUUGGGACAUCGGCUGAAUGUUCAAUUACUGUAAGGUCAUCGACUGAGGGUUCUACAACUGCAGGGACAUCGACUGAGGGUUCUACAACUGUAGGGACAUCGACUGAGGGUUCUACAACUGUAGGGACAUCGACUGAGGGUUCUACAACUGUAGGGACAUCGACGGAGGGUUCUACAACUGUAGGGACAUCGACUGAGGGUUCAGUUACUAAAAUUCAGAUGGCAAUCCUUGUUCAGAGGGAACAUGACAGGAAUGAGAUUCAACCAUGUAACACUUAAAAACUCCGAUUAAUGAGGAUAAUCAAUGGCUGGACUUCCAUAAUAGAAUAAUCGACGUUUGAGAUUGCUUGAUUGUAUUGGCUAUGUCAAUGUACGUAGCGUGGCCUUCAUGCAUUGAGCUUCUUUUGAGAUAUAUUGUAUGUUACAUGGAAAUGAGGUGGUCAUUUUCACUUGUUAGAAUAUGUCAGCAUGUAUAAUAAUAAUAAUAAUAAUAAUAAGGAAAAUAAGGAAAAUAAUAUGCGUAACUUUUUUCGAUUCAAUUCAUACGAUGUAAUUACGUUUAUUUCCUUGUCAAGAUGUUGAAGCCUAAGGAUGAAAACAAUGAA